AUGGGAUGUCUUUGUAGCAAACAUGAGGAUGGUGGAUAUUAUGUUGAUUGCCCAUCGUUCUCAAUCGAUACCUUUAGCUUCAGACGUCUAAAUAGCCACUCGCCCACAAUAGUUCCAAAGAAGAAGAGAAGAAAGAAAUUGUCAUCACCUCAAAGGAGGAAGAAACAACAACAAAACAUACAAAUACAACAACAUCAUACAAAGCAUGGUCAACAACAACAACAACAACAACAAUAUGUUGCACUCAUUGGACAUGGACAAGGUCAUGGACAAACAUUGGUUCAAUCACAAUCACAAUCACAACCUUUGGCUCAACAAUCUACAACACCAUUACCAUUACAAUUACCAACCGAUUCAUUUCAGAUUGGUGGAGGACAGAUGGCUGUACAGAAUGUGACUCCAAACAGACUUCCAAGGAUAAGCACAAAGGAAACGAUACGUGCAUUGACUGGACGUGAUAUGGACACUGGCUAUAAGGUUGUCAACGAAUAUGUCAUCGUACGAAGGAUUGGUGUUGGUGCCUAUGGCAAGGUACACCUUUGUUAUCACAAGGAUUCAAAUCUACUCUAUGCCAUCAAAGUAAUAAGCAAGUUAAAGUUAAAGAGGAUGAAUAAUCCAUUCAAGGCUAAUGGAUAUGAGGAUGUGAUGAGGGAGAUUGCGAUAAUGAAGAAGUUGAAUCAUCCAAAUGUUGUAAAGAUGUAUGAGGUCAUCAAUGAUCCAGACGAAGAUUGCAUAUACAUUGUGAUGGAGUACAUUGAAGGUGGCUCAAUCAUGACCACCACAGACUGGCGCACUCACAGCAUGUCCGAGAACCUGGCCAGGAAGUACUUUAGGGACAUAGUCUAUGGUCUGGAAUAUCUACAUGAACAGAGGGUCAUACACAGGGACAUCAAGCCAGAGAACUUGUUGGUCAAUAAGGAUGGCGUGGUCAAGAUCACAGACUUUAGUGUCUCUCAUAUAUUCCAAGAGGAGUACAACGAUGUACUGAAGAGUUCUGCUGGAAGUCCAGCAUUCUUGGCACCAGAGUUAUGUAUCGAAGACAAUGGAGUAUCUAUAUCAGGCAAGGCAGUGGAUGUCUGGGCCUUGGGGGUUAGUCUCUACUGUCUUGUAUUUGCCUGCACGCCCUUCAACAACAGUAUGUUGAUGCUUAACAACAACAACAACAACAACUUCAUCGAUGACGAAGGAUACAAUCUCUACCAGGUCUACGAGAACAUAAAGUGUCAAGAGCUUCAAUUUCCAAGAUCAAUAUCAGAUGAUUUGAAGGACUUGUUUAGGAGGAUGAUGGAUAAGAAUCCUGGAUCAAGAAUAUCGAUCAGGGAGAUUAGGUCACAUCCAUGGACAUCGAUGAGAGGCACAUUGCCAAUGCGUGAGGUGGACCAUUCAGUAUUGUCGGUUACAGAUCAGGAGGUGAACAAUGCCAUUACAUCCGACGCCUAUCAUACCUUGGACGACUUGAGUAGCAGUAGUGAGAGUAGUGGAGUAUUGUUAUCAGAGUGUACACAUUCAAAGAGUACAUACAGCAACAUCAACAACAUCAACAACAACAACUAUUCAUUCAAUCAAAUAUCCAACAACAUGAACAACAACAUCAACAACAUCAACUUUAAUAACUUCAACAACAAACAACAACAGAAUAAUGAGGAUGCUUUGUAUAGUAGUUACUCCAAAGAGGAGGAUACAAUGGAGGAAGACGACGAUGAUUAUGAUUAUGACGACGAUGAUGACGAUGACGAUGACGAUAAGGACAAUAUUAUGAUAGAGAACUUACCAUCGAGACCAUCUCUGCCCGACCUUUUGACUUCAAUUGUCAAACCAUUAACCAGAAGUUAUGCGACAAGAUCAGUAACCUAG